CCCAACGGGCAGACGAAGUCGCUGGUGCCGCAGCGGCUGGCGCUGGAGUACAUCGUGCCCUGCAUGAACAAGCACGGCAUCUGCGUGGUGGACGACUUCCUCGGCAAGGAGCUGGGCGGGCUCAUCGCGCAGGAGGUGCGCGCCCUCCACCACACCGGCCGCUUCACCGACGGGCAGCUCGUCAGCCAGAAGAGCGACUCCUCCAAGGACAUCCGCGGCGACAAGAUCACCUGGGUGGAGGGCAAGGAGCCCGGCUGCCAGACCAUCCGGCUCCUCAUGAACAGCAUGGACGAUCUCAUCCGCCACUGCAACGGCAAGCUGGGCAACUACAAAAUCAACGGCAGGACGAAAGCUAUGGUGGCUUGUUAUCCAGGCAAUGGAACAGGAUAUGUUCGCCAUGUUGAUAAUCCAAAUGGAGAUGGAAGAUGUGUUACAUGUAUAUAUUAUCUUAAUAAAGACUGGGAUGCCAAGGUAAGUGGAGGCAUCCUUCGGAUAUUUCCAGAAGGUAAAGCCCAAUUCGCUGAUAUUGAACCCAAAUUUGAUAGACUGCUAUUCUUCUGGUCUGAUCGCCGCAACCCUCAUGAAGUGCAGCCAGCAUUUGCUACAAGGUACGCAAUAACAGUGUGGUAUUUUGAUGCAGAUGAAAGAGCACGAGCUAAAGUAAAAUAUCUAACAGGUGAAAAAGGUGUGAGGGUUGAACUAAAUAAACCUUCUGACACGAUUGGGAAAGACGUUUUAUAAGCCUUUGAUUUAGCAACUCCCCUUGCUAUUCUCCCUGAUAAAUCUUGAUGCUAUCUAUUAACUUUUGAAUGUGAAUAACAAGAUAAAGGAAAAUCGACAACCAACCAACAUUUUAAUAAAGAAGCAAACAGUGUUUCAAUGUUGCAUCAAAUAGAAGAUUUUUUUUGACUGCUGAAGCAUUGUACUAUGUGAUUGUGACUCCAGGCCUGUGACUGCUUAUGUGAAGAAGAUAAGCAAUCAGUAAGAAACAGCAUAUGCAUCUGGACAUGAAAUAAGUGCCCUACAUAGAAUUUGUCCAUCCUUAUAUUUUGCCAGACCUGUCAUCCAGCUGAAUCUAAUUCAUCUCUCCCUUUUUUUAUAUGGUAAAAGUUUGAAUUUUGGGUAAUUUUUGUAUGACCAGGUACAGUUUAUCAAAAUUGAGUGUUUAAAAAAAGAAAAAGGAAAAAAAGAAAAAAA